AUGGCCAUCCACCUCAACGGCCAAACCCUCGAAGGAGGCGGCCAGCUCGUCCGCAUCGCCCUCGCCCUCUCCUCCAUCACCAAAACCUCCAUCUCCAUAACGCAAAUACGCAACAAACGGCACGGAAAAAAGGGUCUGAAAGCGUCUCAUCUCGCGGCCGUUCACUUUCUCUCCGACCUCACGGGGAGUACUGUUUCUGGGGCGCAAGUGGGCUCCUCGGAGCUGGUGUUUACACCACCCUCAUCUGAAUCAAGAAGCGUAUCGCCAUCGCCAUUACAGGCAGAGUAUAAUAUCCGCCUUGAUACGGCCGGUGCCGUGUUUUUGAUUUUCCAAGCGGUGUAUCCAUAUCUGCUGCAUGCUGGGAGGGAGAAGAUUAGAUUGAAUCUAACGGGUGGGACGAAUGUCGCGUUUGCGCCGUCGUAUGAUUACAUUGCGCAGGUGCUGAGCCCUAAUCUGGUGAGAUUGGGAUUGCCGGGUUUGGAGAUGGAGGUGAAGAGGAGAGGAUGGUCGAGGGGGAGGACGGAGUUAGGGAUGGUGACGAUGGUGGUGAAUCCGUUGGCUUCUGAUGGAGAUGAAGCUGUAUUUCCGACUAUCGAUAUGGGACGGUUUGAGCGGGGAGAGAUCACACAGAUUGAUGUUACGAUUCUUGCACCGGAUGAUGCGCUGGAUAUCACAUCAGCAUCUAAACAUUCAUCUAGCCAAAAGAACAAGAAAAGAAAGCCAAGAGAAGAGCCAGCAAAGAAAACAUCAACAGCCCGACAAUACCUCGCAUCAGAAACCGCCAGCACCCUCCGCGAAAAACUCGCCUCUAUCCCUUCAUCCUCAUUUCCAGAAGACAAAAAAGUCCCAAUUACUCUGCAUACAUCCGAACGAACAUAUUCCCAGGCACACAUGUACGUGAUGGUCGUGGGACACACAUCCACCGGGUUCAGGAUAGGUCAAGAUGCACUCCUUGGAUCAUUUCCAAUGGACAAGACAGGACGGAAUAAGUCGACUGAACUCGAGUCGAAUAUACAACAACUGGCCAAGUGUGCCGUGGACAGAUUCAUCAAAGAGAUAUACGACCCUAAUAUGGAUGAUGCCAGCACAAAGACCAGACCAUGUGUUGAUGAGCAUAUGAGAGAUCAACUGGUUAUAUUCGAAGCUCUGGGGAGGUUAUCCAACAAAGACGACCAAGAUCAAAAUCAAACUAAGGAAGACGAGCGAUAUUGGAGUCUUCACACACAGACAGCGCAAUGGGUUUGUAAACAAAUACUGCAGUCAGAAGUCGCAUAA